AUGGCCCCUCCGACAGCCGUAAAACGACCGCACGCCGCCAUGAGCAAAGGCAGCGCGAACUUGCCUAGUAUCGAGCCGUGGCUCGAGCUUCUGUAUCCCGACUUUGACUGCUCAAAGUACAACUACGUCGGUACCGACGACGGCGGGUUCUGGCAAUUGCAACAACAACACACGCCCUCGGAGGAGCUCCCCAACGUAGUGCCGCGCAUCGCGACGAGCAAGUCGCCCAUACAGACACCGCAGGAUAUCGAAUGGACCUGUCUAUCGGCGGCGUGUCCCUCCAAGCCGUUCAAGCGCAAAGGUGACCUCGACCGGCAUUACAAACUGGCCCACGCCGACAGCCAGACCACGGCACCCUCGCCCGCCCUCUCCCUAAAAGAUAUCACACCCGCGACAAGCACUAGCAACCCAAGCCCCAAAAUAACGACGAAAAAACCGCCGGCGGGCAGUAGCAAGGCCAAGGCCAAGGCCGCAGGCGGAGGAGGGACGGGGACGACAGGGACGGGGACGGGGGCAACGGGGGCAAUGGGGCCAUCGGGGCAAGGAAACAGGAACAACAGCGUGAAUGGUGCGGGCAAUAAUAGCACCAGCAACAGGGACGGCAGCAACGGCAUCUUCCUCUGCGACUACCCGGCCUGCAACCGCAAGAACGAACCGUUUAACCGCAAGGACCGAUUGCGCAUCCAUCUCACCGACGUCCAUAAGGAAGACGUGAGCGCAAAGACGUUUGAGAUGACGGUCACGUGGCUGCAUGAGCGCAAGAUCUAUCCCAAAUGGUGGCGAUGUUCCAAAUGUCUCGACAGGGUCAAGAUCGAGGAGAACGGGUGGUCGUGUCCGCGGGAUGGGUCCAAGGUGGAAGAGAUACGGCGUGAGUUUCGCGAGAAGCAGCAUAAUAUGUCGUGA